UCAGAGGGAGCGGAGACGGAGCAGGACGCACCGAGUCAGCGUCUGGAGGGAAAUUAGAGAAACUUAUCGAUUAAAAAACAACAAGAACAACGAAAAACAGCGACGUUCUGGUUGGAAAAAACUCCGCAGCAGUGUUUUUCUGCACGGACAUACAAUGAAAGGGUUACCUGGCGGCUGCUCGGAUCUGGAGUCUCUUUUUGCGCCGCUGCGACUUUGACACUUUGAGAGUCUCUAUGAGUUUUCUCUUUGGAGGAGUUUCAGGCAAUCAGAACUUGAGUUGGACAUUCAGGGAAGCAGUCAGGGAGUAAAACUAAAGCACCGAACCCACUGGAAGCAGGACACUUGAGCACUACCACCACCAUGGAUGAGGAACAGUGCUACUACAAUGAGACCAUCGCCUUCUUCUACAACCGCAGCGGCAAAUACCUGGCGACUGACUGGAACACUGUCAGCAGGCUGGUGAUGGGCCUCGGCAUCACCGUGUGCAUCUUCAUCAUGCUGGCCAACCUUCUGGUGAUGAUCGCCAUCUACGUCAACAGGAGGUUCCACUUCCCCAUCUACUACCUGAUGGCCAACCUGGCAGCUGCUGACUUCUUCGCUGGCUUGGCCUACUUCUACUUGAUGUUCAACACGGGUCCGAACACCCGGCGUCUGACUGUUUCUACGUGGCUGCUGCGUCAGGGUCUAAUCGACACCAGCCUAACGGCGUCCGUGGCCAACCUGCUCGCCAUCGCCAUCGAGCGCCACAUCACCGUGUUCCGCAUGCAGCUCCACACCCGUAUGAGCAACCGGCGCGUGGUGGUGGUGAUAGUCAUCAUCUGGACCAUGUCCAUCGUCAUGGGGGCCAUCCCCAGCGUGGGCUGGAACUGCAUCUGCAGCAUUAGAUCCUGCUCCAACAUGGCCCCGCUGUACAGCAACUCCUACUUGGUCUUCUGGGCGGUCUUUAACCUGGUGACUUUUGUUGUCAUGGUGACGCUGUACGCCCACAUCUUUGUGUAUGUGAGGCAGAGGACCAUGAGGAUGUCCAGGCACAGCUCUGGACCAAGACGAAACCGAGAUACCAUGAUGUCUUUGCUGAAGACUGUGGUGAUUGUGUUGGGUGCAUUCAUCAUCUGCUGGACCCCCGGCCUGGUCAUCCUCCUCCUCGACGUCUUCUGCGCCCACUGCAACGUCCUCACCUACGAGAAGUUCUUCCUGCUUCUCGCUGAGUUCAACUCGGCCAUGAACCCCAUCAUCUACUCCUACCGCGACAAGGAGAUGAGCGCCACCUUCAGGCAGAUCCUGUGCUGCCAGCGUCAGGAGAACGUCAACGGGACGGCGGCGGAGGGAUCCGACCGCUCAGCGUCUUCCAUCAACCACACGGUGCUGAGCGGCAGCGGCAUGCACCACCACCACCACCACCACAACGAACACUCGGUGGUGUAGAUGGACACAGGUGGAGGUCCUGGAGAUGAAUCCAUCUUCCUGAAGAGGUUGUUCUCUGAAGGAGACUAGGAGAAGGUGAAUGGAGGUUUGUAAGAAUCAGAGGGACAUCAUUCGGAUUAAAUUUGAGGAUGGAGGUAUUAGAUGGAGCUGAAGAUGAACAGGAUCAAUGAAGAUCAAGAAAGAUGGAAAGACUUGAUCUGUCUGGCAACCAGUAGAGGAGUCUGAUCUUCCAGGAAUCUGAUAGGCUGUUAGUAUUUCUGUUUAGUUGUUUAUUAUUUUCUAUUUGUGUUAAAUGUGUUGCUACGGGCGACGAUGACAUGAACUAUUUAAAAGUAAUCUGUGAAACGAAGGUGAUGCCAGUAUAACCCUCGUCUUUCUCCAGGCUUCUCUAACCUUCUGACCUGUAGAUCCCAUCAGAUGUCCUCAUGCUAGUGUCCUCUGGACAGACAGCAGGACGCUACUGUCCACAUUUCAUUCAGUUAUUUAAGUCUGAUCCCAGAUUUAGAACACUAUAGCUUCCUCUUCACUUACAUUUAGUGGAAAAGACUUCAAAUCUGUGGAUAUUCAAAAAAAAAAUGAUAAAAAUGUGUGACUGAAUAUUAUUUCCUGUAGCUUUAAGUUUUAAAAUGAGCCUUUUGGAGGCCUUAUUGGAUGAAGUUCCAGAGUUUUAUAUCCUCAAAAGGUUUCAUCCAAAGUGAAAAAUCCAUUAAUUAUCCAACCAAUGCUUCUAAAUAUAGAAAUAUCUGCAUUUGCUCUGCAAACUACCAAAAACCUCCAGUACUGUUCUACCAUUCUACAUUUAACACAGUGUUUAAGAAGCCCUUAAUUACCAGUGACCGUCCAGACGAGAACUUUACUCUACUGACUAUCUUCACUGAUUAAAAGGCUUUGGUGAAUCCCCUCCAAUGGUUUCUUGCUUUCAUCCAACUUAAAUAUUCGAAGGGUCCAAGAUUAGCAAUAAGCCCUGAGUUGUUUGUUCCCUCUGAGGAGUUAAAGACGAGUAGUUUCAGGAUCCAAACAGAAGUAGGAUCGGGCUGAAGGUCAGAUCUAAGGAGAGUUCAUGGAUUUACUCUCGCUGUGUCCAGAGGAGGUGAAUGUGAAAUUAGAACCAGUGUUAAUAUUUAGUUGUCUUCUGGGACUUUGACAUUAAAACUACACAUCUGACAAGAAAACAAGAAGAGGAAUAUUCUCCAGAAAGGUGGUGGCUCCUCUAGAUCAACUAUUCCAUCUUCUCAGUCUGAACAUGAAGAUAAAAUGGAUCUUGAUGAAUGCCAUGAAGGAUUUCUCAACAAAAUCCUCCAGUAUGUCUUCUAGCAGCUGUCCAGAGCUGACCUGGGGACAGUUAUGUGUAACUACAGUAUGCCUCUGGGUCAGUUUAAUCAAAAGAAGAACUAGAAUGAGUCGUUUGAACUUUAUUACAGUUUAGUAAUAAUCAGACGUCUAGAUGACCAUGGUGACAACUAGAUCAGGAGCUACGGAGGCCUGGCAGUGCUUUAGCAUGCUGCUAGCAUGGCUCAUCCCACAACAUAACCUUACCCAACAGCAUGUUGUGCAAAAAUGAUGUCAGAGUUCAUCCAAAGCAGCACUCAGAUGUACUUUAAGAGAGAAACUACGUCCAUUUCAGAAGAUGCUGAGUUUCUCUUCUUUCAGGGAGCCGUAAACUAAAGCAGCACAACCUUAAAUGUGGCUUUUAAACACUCCAGGGUGUCUGCAUCCUUCUAUAUGUCAGACAUUAACUGACAUGGACACAGUUUGUUGUUACAGUGUUAUUGGUGAUAUGAAGUACUACAGAUGUCCACUGAGAAUAUGUUUUAAUAAUGAUGUUUACCGCGACAUAGCAGGAAGUAUUUCUGAUAGUUCUUAUUCACUGACGUAUUAUAGUAUACGCCGAUGAUACUACGCUCUCAGUUGGGUGAUUUCGUGAGAUGUGAUCCAGAACCAAGCUGAUCCGAUGUUGAAUGGUGUCACAUGUUUGCCUUCUGCCAUUAACCAGAGAUGUUUUGGUGCCAGCUGAGCAUCAGCGUGGUGAUGCGAUGAUGUACAUCCUUAAAAACUGUCAGCUGAAUGUUUUGUCAUGACUCGAAUCAAAACACUUUUUGGCCAAAAUACAUAUUCCUGGUUCCAAGCAGCUGACAGCCACCAGAAACACAGCCAGAUAUUGUUCAGGAAGCCAGAUGUUUGUCAGGAGUUUAAGCUGCAGUAUGAACAUGAAGUCAGCUGUUAUUUCCAAUGUUUUAUCCAGUUUAUAAAGCAACACGAGUUGUUUUAUCCAGAAGAAGAUCACAGCGCCUCCUCCACACCAAUCACUCUGCUUUACUCUGUUUUCUGAAGAACUGUGGUCGAGGCUAACUAAUAGACCACUGAUUUAUUUACUGUUUUGGUGCUUUUUAAAAACUUUACAUUGUAAAAACAAACAAAAAAAAACCCCAGAGAAAAUCUAAAAUUUUAAAGAAAGAAUCUGCCUUAAAAUUCUUCAUCUGAUAACAGGAUCUCAGAGUGUCAUCACCAACUCCGGCCUCCUUAUUAGACCAUAUCUUUAUGAAGUAUUGAUUCAGGUUAUUAUAGCAAACAAACUGAAUAUUUCUGCCUUUGUGUGUCUCUGUUUACCAGUGUGUCCCUCUUUGUAUUCUGUUGUAAGUACCUGUGUACAGUCUGUAUAUAUAAAAUAUAUUAUUCAAGUUAAUCACCAAAGGGAUUUUAACUGUUAUACUCUGUCCAGAUGUACUGUAGGAUUGUGUUUAUGGUUGUUUUUUUUAAUUAAUGUCAUUUGUAUUGUGACCCUAAUUAAUGAAUUACCUGUAGACACUAUUACACCUAUUAACACACAUGUGAGCUGAACUAAAUCUGUGUGAGUGCAGUGCCUUCCAGUAACUUAACACCAGACUGAACAGCAGCUUUCGCUGUUUUUAUUUUCAAGUUUGAAGCUUGUUUCCCCACCAAGAGUACUCUAAAAAACAAUGCUGCACCUCAACAACAGAACACAAAACACAACAAUUUGUGUUAAUUCUGUUAGUGUUCAGAUAACUUCUAAAGAAAUUACGUUCAAACAGUUUGUGCAAUUAUUUUUUUCCUCUAGAAUCAGUAACUUUUAAUUAGAAUGUAUUUAUUUAUUGGUUGCAGAAACACGGUGAUUAUUCAUGACAAUUACGUCAUUCCAAAUAGUAAUUUAUAGUGUUAUGAACUUAAUUACUAAAACUAUGAAUGCUAGUGACAAACAUUUUAAAAAUCAGGUCACUCCAAUAAGAUUUUCCUCAGUAGUGUUUUAUUUCUUCAUACAAGAAAUGAAUUCACUCAACAUCAGUUUUGUUAAUGUUUAGCAAAUUAUCUUCAUAUAUUUUGUACAACUCUAGAAAGCAAAAACAACAAACACUAAAUCUGAAUUUAAAUUUUAAAUUGAUGCAAUUAUUAUUAGAUCAGCUCUACCUAGCUGAAGUGUAAAAACAUUUAUCUAAAUCAAUAAAUUAGAGGGUUUUUUUUAUCUUGCAUUCAUGCAUUUAAGCAGUAAAUUGGUUCUCUGAGUGACUUUUUAGAGUUUAUCCAUCACUGCAGCACUAUUUAAACCACCAGAGAUCAGCAGAAACUCCAUUUCAGACAGUGUUGAGUUGCUUUUUGAGCUUGUGUGUCACUAACUCAGUUGUCUUCUAACUGCGUUAAAGCAGAACAAACAUCAGUGUUAGAUAUCUCACCACUAAACACCAUCAACCUUCGCUUUCUGUAAAUCCAGAACUGUCCUGUUUCCCACAGAUGACAGAGGCCAUUUUUAUCACGAUAUCUCCUCAGAUUAGAACAUCCUGGCCGCCCUGAUCACCUCUUAUUUAGUCUCAACGGUGCUCCAGUGUUUAAUGUGGCCUUCAGCUGCAGUUCAGGACUGAUUUAACCUAAAGCUGUGGGACUACAUCUGCACUGUUGGGUUUAAGACUGACUGUUGUUUUUCCAAAGUGAAGCUUUAAAAUGUUUUUUUUUAAAUGGAAAACCACAGAUUUAUCGAACCUUAUACCAGUAGUUUUUAGAAAAUGGCACAGAAAUAAAUGUGAUUCCAAACUAUCUAUCCUUUAGAGGCCGAUAUCAAUGGAUGUCCAGCCAGAGUCAGCGCUGAUAUUCCAGCAACAAUAAAAAAAACAUCAGAAAAGUCUGAAA